CUGAAAUUAUCGUAUUCUAUUCCGCAAUUAUGCUAGGAAAGAGUUCAACACUAGAUGAACUUUGAGUUUUCAUUUGGUUUCUACCGAAAUUUUCUCCCUCUUCUCGCUUGAAAUCUGAUCUCCCAAAUUGAGGGAUCAUGGUGAGGGAGAAAAGUGUGGAAAGCUUCUACGCAAGGCUCCGAGAGUCGGCGACGGCGUCGUCUUACUCUCCUCUUCUGAUAUUCCCAUCAACCUCAGACGCAGACUCGCUCUGUGCCCUAAAGAUAAUCUUCAAUGUCCUCGAAUCCGAUUCGGUCCGGUACGCGUGCUAUCCCGUUUCUUCUUUUCAAGAAAUUCACAAAUAUGCCGGCUCUGAUUUUUCCUCUGCGUCUGAAAACCCGGUUUCGAUCCUUCUCAUCAACUGGGGAUGUCACCGGGACUUGAGGAAGGCCCUGGAUUUAGGCCCCGCGGCGCGGGUUUUCGUCGUCGAUAGCCAUCGUCCGAUUCAUUUGCACAAUCUGAGUGAGCAGAAUGAUCGGGUGGUUGUGUUGUAUACUUUGGAUGACGAACACCAAGCUGAUUUGGCCUACGAUUUUGAUGUCUCGGCUUUGGCUAAUGCGAGCGAGUUGAAUAGUGAUGAUGAAGCCGAUGACGACGACGACGAUGAUGACAGUGAGAGUGAGGGAGAGGAAGAGGAAGAUGGGCGUGGUUCGAGGAAGCGGAGAAGGGUUUCUCAAGAGAAUGAAGAAGAUCCAGUCCAGCUUUUCCGGAAACUGAAGAAGGAGUACUAUCGUAUGGGCACGUUCCAUGGUAAGCCUUCCGGGUGCUUGAUGUAUGAAUUAUCUCAUUCUUUGAGGAAGAAUACGAAUGAAUUGCUGUGGUUGGCUUGUGUUUCGUUGACGGAUCAGUUUGUUCAUGAGAGGUUAACGGAUGAGAGGUACCAAGCUGGGGUAAUGGAGCUUGAGCAGCAUAUUAACAGUUCGGGUAAUUUGGAUGCAGUAACUUCAGUGACUCUUAAAGACGGGACGAAAAUUAGAGCACCAAAUGCUUUGAGAAUCGCUUACGAAGAUGAGCCUAGGCUAAUGCUGCUACAGGAAUGGAAUUUGUUUGAUUCAAUGCUGUGUUCUUCGUACAUUGCGCCUAAAUUGAAGACGUGGAGUGACAAUGGAAUGAAAAAGCUCAAGCUUCUUCUUGCCCGGAUGGGAUUCGCACUUGUAGAUUGCCAACAGAAGUUCCAAUACAUGAAUCUCGAAGUGAAAAGGAAGAUGAAAGAUGAGUUCGAGCGAUUUCUACCGGAGUAUGGGGUUACCGAUUUCUACUUCAGGAGUUUCUUGCGGCUACAUGGUUAUAGCUCAAGAGUUUCUGCUGCAGAUGUUGUCUACGGAGUUACUGCCCUGCUUGAGUCCUUUGUAAAAUCCGAUGGAUCUUGUGCUUCCAAGCAGUUUGGUGUGGCCUAUGAUGCUCUUUCACUGAGCAAUCUUGAUAAGCUGAAAUCUGGGAUGCAACAUGCUAUCAAGAUACAGAGAGCGAUUCUUAGGCAAGGAAGCACAGCGAUAACUAAGAGUGGAUGUAUAAGAAGUGGAAGAAAAUUCCGGUGGGUGAAGCUUGAAGAUUUGGUGGAUACGAAGUUGUUGGGUUACCCGCAAGCAUUGACUAAGUUUUGCUACUUUUUGAUGGAUGCUUUGAGGGAAAAAGGAGCAAGAAUGAAACCUUUGCUUUGUGCUUGCUUGUCACAAGAGCCUAGCAAGGUACUAAUAGUAGGGGUUUGUGGGAAGCCUCGACUUGGGGCGGUUCAAGGAAAUGCAUUUGGAAUGGCAUUUAGGAAUGCGGCUGAGGAGAUUGGAGCAGAGUUCUUGCAUGAGUUGUUUGAGUCUUCAUGGAUUGUUUUGGAUGCAGCUGCUGUCAACUCUUUUAUGGUAAGGUUGACUGAGAAGCUCUGAUGUGGAAGUUUGACAUUACUAUGUCUAACUCAACUGUUCAGCUAGUUCAAGCAAGUAUGUUUUUCUUGACAAU